AUGUGCGGAGACAGCAACCGCCCGACUAUCGGUGGCACCAUUGCCGUGCUUUUCCCUCGCGAAAACUCUUCGAAUUCCUUGGAGGCUUCACUCUCAACCUCACCUGACUCUAUCGCCUCGACAUCUUCCAUGUCGUCCUAUUCUCUCUUUUUCCAGGAUGAGGCCCACAGCCGCAAGACCAAGGCCAUUUUUCAGAUUGACGAUGCACAAACCUACCAUACAUUGCGUGGAUGUCGACAAGUGAACAUGCGAAUUGAAAAAUAUGGAGACCUCUCGGCCAACAAACCAUCCACUGCUCCCUUGCAUCAAUUCCAGUUGGAUUUUACGAGGGAUGCACCAAUGUCGCAGUCAAAUGUGGAGUUUGAGUUGCCCGAAAGGCUGGACCUGGGCGUCUCGGAGAAGGGAGUCGUGGGUCGGCAGCUUACCAUGAGCGAGACUGAUGGGACCAUCCUGGGAAUUGGUAUCGUCGGAUACAACUGA